UGCGCAGUAUGUCCACAACUAUCCAGUCCCGUCCACAAGCGCAGACAUCAACAAGGGAACGGGUUACUGAUGCGGGUUGAUUUUCAUAAUACUCACAUCGUAACGACGCGCGUGGGAUUUGGACUAUUACUUUGAACAGCUUCAAGCAACUUGCAGCAAGAUGUUUGGCUUUCAUAAGCCAAAAAUGUACAGGAGUUUGGAUGGUUGCUGCAUCUGUCGUGCAAAGUCCUCAAGCUCUCGUUUCACGGACAGCAAGCGGUAUGAGAAAGACUUCACAAGCUGUUUUGGACUGAGUGAAAUGCGAUCUGGAGAGAUCUGUAAUGCUUGUGUGCUCCUGGUGAAACGAUGGAAAAAGCUACCUGUGGGAACAAAGAAGAACUGGAACCAUGUUGUUGAUGCUAGAGGAGGUCCAAGCCUAAAGGUUACUUCCAGGCCCAAGAAGAUAAAAUCCAUCUCUAAGAAAGCACGUCCGAGCCAGAUCAGCAGGCUGCAGAAAGAGCUUAAAAGAAACAAUUCGGAUGCUCACAGCACCACCUCCAGUGCCUCUCCAGCUCAGUCUCCCAGCUACAGCAACCUGUCAGACGACGGCUCAGACACUGAGCUCAGCCCAGGAUCCAGCCGCUCCCCUGUUUUCUCAUUUCUGGACCUAACUUAUUGGAAGAGGCAAAAGGUAUGCUGUGGAAUAAUCUACAAGGGGCGCUUUGGGGAGGUGCUCAUCGACCCCCACUUGUUCAAACCAUGCUGCCGCAACAAGCAACGACAGCAGCAGCAACAAGAGGAAGAGGAGGAGGAGGAGGAGGAGGAGGAAGAUGAGGUGGAGGUAGAAGAGGGCCAGGUGGGCGUGGAUGUCAGCGGGCAGAAAUCCCAGACGGAAGAGGAAGUGAAGGAGACACCAACGUGUGAGAAAACAACACCUCCACUCAGGAGCGGGGUGGUGGUGGAGGAAGGGUGGUGAAGUUAAACCACCCCUAUACCACCACCACCUUGCACUCAUCUCUGAAGAAAUCUUGGGGUGCUGUUUUUUUUCUCAAGCACUUACAGAAAGAAGUUGCCUCAGAUUGCCUUCAAUCAUAAAGCAGCUGAAAAUCCUUUGGUCUUCUCCAUAAUAAUGUCGGGUGUUUGUUUAUUAUGUUUCAAUGGUAACUUAUGGACUGUUGUGUUUCCACUUGGUCUCUUAUUUUCUAUUUAAUAUUCUUAAGAUCCUGACGAUGGACCGUCAUCCGUGGUGUUUUUGUUCUACUAUAGAUGAAAUGCUGGAGCUCUAGUUUGCUGAUACAUUUAAAAGACUUUAUUCCAAAACACAAUAGAUCCACUUACUUACAGAAAAAGGUGCUACUUGAAAUUCAUGACUCAACAUUUCAAACCCAUUGAACCCAUUCUCAUUGGGGAUAUUUUAUAAGCAUGUAUGUUAAGAUGACUAAUAUAAUGGGAUUAGUUUCCCUUUAUUUGUUAAGAGUAGAUAUCUCUUUUUUUGAAAUGGUGGAUAACUCGUUUUGGAAUGAAUGACACUUUACAAUGACAGAGCACAGACCUGUACAGUAGCCCUUGUGUUUGUGUCUAUUCACAUUGACAUACACUCCUAUCAAAGAGUUUGUGUUUGUAGACUAGAUUAACGUCUCUGUGUGCAAAUACGUAUGUGGGUCCCAUUUUGAAUAAGGCCUAUUCACAGCUUCAACAGCAAAUACACCAGCCUUAAUUAUGUGUUACAGACAGUGCUAGUGUUAAUUCUGGAUUGGUAUUAAGGAACAAAAAGGGACAGUAGCUAUAUUUAUUGUGGCCUCAGCAACACAUAGUGCAUUUUGCAUGAAUGGCAAGCCCACUCAUCCAAAAGACCUGAUGAUCUGAUGCAUGAGUCUAAAAUUGCAUGGCCUUAUAUAUAAACUGUAAAUCUUACUUUUAUUUUUUUGGAUCCAUUUCUCUAACUUAUUUUUAUACGUAAAAAAAAAGAAGAAGAAAAAUAAUAAGGUAAAAUACAAGUGUCUGUGCACAAUAAUACCACACAAGACAGCAAAACACACAAUCGGUCUAUAGUCAUUAAGCAAUACCAAUAUCAGUGAUUUCCAUCAUUCCUGGAUCAGUAUAUGGUAAAAUACUUUAUACAAGCUGAAAUUCUACGACAUUGCCUCUUAUAUACCACAAAUGUGUUGUGAUAUAGCCUGAUAUUACCUUAUUUAUCAAACGAAAGCCAAAGCACAUUAAAAUUCACCCAAUGUUAAAUCAAUGCAGGUUUUCUAUGGACACUUGUGCUUGUCCAAGGUCAUUUGUAUGUAUGUUCAUGGUAUUCUCAAAACACUAAUAUGAAAUUUCAUACAUGUGAUGUUGUAGUCGGGAGCAGCGGGUGUGUUAUGUACAUAAGGGGUUGGGUGAGCCACACGGCUGUAUGGGUUUCAUGAUUUAUUUAUUUCAUAUUUAUUUGUAUCACUGCAUUCCCGCUUAGAAGUGUAAAACUAUGAAUUCUUUUCAUCUCUAGCUUACGCGUAGUAGUAUGGUUUUGUAUAUCAGAAAUCGAAUGUAAUUCUCACGCAGGCUUUGUUUAACACUGCGUUGGAUUACUGGUUGUCAAUAUUCGUGAAAUGUUAAGUAUUUAUUUACUCAUCAGUUGAGUUGCGUGCAACCGAAUUUAUUCUGUACCAUCACUUUGGAUCAUGUAGACUGAAACGACUGAUAGAUCGCAACCAAACUGUGCUUUUCCCCUUUUAGCCUGUAGCUUAAAAAUGUUACAGAAAAGUAGGAUACCUUACUCUAGACUUGCAUGUAUUGUUGCUAUGCAUUUACUUAGCUUACAAGUUAGACAAAGCGGUUUUGUAUUUUUUAUACAUUAUGUACUUUUUUUACUUGUCCCUUAAUAAAGUAAUUUUUUGAGUUUUCUGGAA